AACACUUGUCCAGAUACCAGGAAAGACCGAGUUGCAUAAGAGGAGCAGCAGAUAGAUGCUGCAGGUGUCAAUAAAGUAAAGUGGAGAGAGCGCGCGGACCUUUACGCACGGUUGGAUACAUCGAUCCAUGCGAACACUUCACAGCUUUUUCUGUGAGCGAGCGACAGCGACAAGGAGACAUGUUCCCGUUGCCGAUGUUCACACCGGACCAGGUCGCCCGGGUGUGCGAGAACUUGGAGGAGACCGGGGACAUCGAGCGCCUCGGCCGGUUCCUCUGGUCCCUGCCCGCCGCGGUUCCAGGCUCCGCCGGGGAAGCGCUGAACCGACACGAGUCGGUGAUGCGAGCCAGAGCUCUGGUGGCUUUCCACGGGGGGAACUUUGAGGCUCUGUACCAGAUCCUCCAGAGCCACAGGUUUACGCGCGAGUCUCACGCCAAGCUCCAGGACCUGUGGCUGGACGCGCACUACCGAGAGGCGGAGAGGCUGCGCGGGCGGCCGCUGGGCCCGGUGGAGAAGUACCGGAUCCGCAAGAAGUUCCCUCUGCCCCGCACCAUCUGGGACGGCGAGCAGAAGACGCACUGCUUCAAG